CUCGCCAACCAGCAGCAGCAGUGGUGCUUCUCGGAGCCAGGGAAGCUGGAUGGCCUGGGUCGGGGCGUUGGGAUGGCGGGGGAAUGCUCGGGUGGGGCCUGCUCCGGCUUUGGCUUCGCCAGGCCCGAGACCCAGGAAUUGCAGCAUCAGGCGGUGGCCGAGUUCGAAGGUCACCAGAUCAGAUGGCUGAGAGGCACAGAGGACCGCGAACCCCUGUCCUUGAAGCUCCACGACGACGUCUACAGGCCUGCUCGGAGUCAGAGCGCGUCAGGGGAAGCUUUGGGUGCCUGGGGAGGCCCAGGAGGAGUCGUGCCCAUCGUCCAGGCUGUUCCUCAAGGAGCAGAACCCAGACCCUUGUUUCAGACCACACAUUCCAGGUUCCUGACUCGGAAGGAAGCUGCAGUGGUGUGUCCUGCAGAGGGUCCCCAGAGCAGGCCCAUUGACUGUGAGCUCAGAGUCCCAGAGACCCACAUUGUGUGUGCCCGGCUCCCUUCCCUUCCUGAUGAUGAUGUCUUCCUGGAAGAAGUCCCGCUGGUCAGAAUGAGAGCACCUCCAGACUCCCAUGCCCCGCCAGGGCUCUCAGCCAGUGUCCAUGCCUCUGACCCACAAUAUGGAGCUGGCUUGGGCCAAAGGCCUGGCAGGGCUACAGUUUGCCCAGAGCACCCCCUCCAUGAGUGCCUAGAGACUGCAGGGACAGGUGACUGCUGGCCCACAUGCUGUCGUUCUCCCGGGACUGCAAAUGUUGAUGUCCCAACCCACGACUCCACUGGACUGCUGACGACGGACUUCCCUGCAGCUGUAGAGCGUGACUCCCUCAAACCUCUCCCAGUCGAUGCCCUGGGACCUCCGGGCAGUGACACCCAAGGGCCUCCUGAUGACACUGCCUGGGCUUGGGGCCCUGUCCAGCCUGGUUCUAAGCCGACAUGGCCAAGUCCACGCCUGGAGCAGCUGGCUCAGGAGCUUGCCAGACUGGAUCCCUCUCUGAGUGACACUCUCACAUCCUAUCCCAGCCCAGAGCCACCUCUGGAUCUGCUGGAUGGGCUGAUUCCUUUAGCUGAGGUCUGGGCUGCAAUGAGACCAGCCGGUGGCAAGGCUGGAGAGGAGGCUGCUGGUAUUUCUGAGCCAGGUUCCACCCAGGUCCUGCCAACUUCUCAGGAGGAAGCAAGGCCUGAAAACCUUACCCCUCCCCCUGUGUCUGACCAGCCAUGUGGCCAGGGUCUGCCUGAGCCAAAAAGCAGCAUCCAAGCUAAGAAAGUGGAGCUCGCGGACCUCCUGCAAAAGAUGCUGCGGAGCCUUCAAGCGGAGCAGGAGCAGCUGCAGGGGACUGCCCAGACCUGGGCCAGGCGUGGGGCUGCGCUGGAAGCCGCGGUAGGCCAGGCCUGUGCACCCCGCGAGCUAGAGCGGUUCAGCCGGUUCAUGGCCGACCUAGAGCGUGUGCUUGGCCUCCUGCUGCUACUGGGCAGUCGCCUGGCUCGCGUGCGCCGUGCCCUGGCUCGAACGGGAGCACACGGCGACCCCGCGGAGCAGAUCGGGGGAGCCACCAAAGAAGGUGGACACCAACAGCGCCCGUCCUUUCAUGUUGUCCCGGUCUCCCUCCUGCCCCAGUUAUUCUCCCGCCCACACCGUUAUUCUUUCAGAGAGCAAGAAUGAGCUCACCAUGGUGUGCGCUGUUGGUACCACAAACCCAGCCUUGAAGCACCAGGAGCCGGGUGACUUUCACCUCCAGGAC